AUGGCAAUACCAACACCUCAACAUGCUCAUCCCUACAAGUUGUUGGUUGUUGGUGAUACAGAUGUUGGAAAAACAGCUUUUUCAUCAGUUAUUAGUAAUCUUUAUCCAGGAGAAUCGACAAUUGAAUUUAGUAUUGGUUACAACGUUAGAAAGAAAGCAAUUAGUCUCAAUGGUGAACGGAUCGAACUCGAAAUUUACGAUAGUACCAGUGCAAUAUGUCGUGAUGACAUCAUAAAAUAUUUUGAAACAUAUGUAGACGGUAUUUUUAUUAUUUAUAAUGCAACAAACAGAGAAUCAUUUGAAAAUGCAAAGAAUUGGUUGGAUGAAAUUAAUAAUCAUGGAGGUAAACAUGUGAUGAAAUUGAUUAUUGGAAAUAAAUGUGAUUUAGCAGGACAAAAGGCAGUUAGUUUUGACGAAGCUGAUGAGUAUGGUAUUGAAUCAAAUAUUUCCAUAUUUGAAGUUUCUGCACGAGAUUUGACUAAUGUUGAAUUAGCAUUUAAGCAUAUGAUUUCGAAAAUUCGAUCCAACUUAACACCAAUAAACAAUAAUCAACCUGAUCAGUAUGAAGUAAAAAUUGCUUUAGAUUUGAAUCGUAUAUUUAAUGUUGAUUUAAAUGGACUUUUUGAAAUUUUCGAAUUUUCAAAUGGUGUCAACCAACAUGUAAAUGAUCAAGGUGUUCACGAUGGUAAAGAAAAUGAAAGCGAGCCGUAUUCACGUGAAGAACAUGCUAUUGUGACACAUACUCAAAUUAUGGGUGAUGGUGACGUGGAACGUCAAAUAUUAUUAAUACAGCAGCAAAUAAUUGAAGAGAAAGCUAAGCAAUCAAAUGUUUCUAGUCUUCCAGAAAUCACUAAUCAGAUACAAAAAGACAGUUAA